AUGAUUUUAGAGCAACUUAAAAAAAUUAAAAAAACAUCCUCUUUUUCCAAAAAAUACUCAAACUCAGAAGACUUGGAUUUAGAAUCACUUUUAGAUCUUAUUCCUGAUUGUAUAAAAAACACAAAAUAUCUUUCAUCUUCUUCUUUACACUUCGAUCGUCUUCGUUUAACGACGAUUGAAGAAUUGAAAUUUAACAAAAAAUUUAAGAGCUGGUUAAUGUCAUUAGUAAUCUAUGGACAUAAAGAAGAAUUUGGUUUUUUAUUAGAUUUUUUGAUUAGAAAAUAUCAUGUUUAUAAAUAUAAUCAAAAAGAACUUAUUUUUAUUACAUUGCCUUAUCCUAAAUAUUACACUAAUAUUCUUAGUAAAUUUGAUUUCUUAAGGAGUCAAAAUUCAUUUAGUACUCAGUUUUAUGCUGAAUGCUGUGCUAAAUAUAUCGAUUUUUUUUAUAUGGUUGUUGAUUAUUUUGAUUUCUAUGAACAUUUAAAAGAUUUUUUAAAUGAACUAAUCGAACAUUUUUUGAUAAAAAAUUUAAAUUUUGUGCAUAAAUAUGAAGGACCAUUAAAUGAUAUUAUUGAAAAAAUUAACAAUGAUGAAAAUCAGUUAGUUGUAAAAAUUAAAUCGGCUUUAGAAGGUAAAUUAACUUUUAGUAAGAAACUUAUUACAGAUGUUGAUGUUUUAAUGACCAUUGAUACAAAUACUACUUGUUUUAAACAGAAUUCAAGUAGGGAACUUUUAAAAAAUUUACAAAAAUUAGAAGAUUAUUUUUGUUGGUUAAAAAACAACAAACUUGAAGAUAUAAAUUUUACACGGGCAGAAUAUGAAAUUUUGCAUUUUAUUUUUUUUAAUAAUGAAGAUUUUUUUUUAGAAGAUGACUUUUCAUUUUACAAAGAUCUAGCUGAAAAAAUUGAGCCUAAAGAAAGAUUAUAUAAAAUUUUAUAUCCUAAAUUCAAAGAAGAAAUUAAAAAUAUUAGCAGGCAGAUUUAUAACUUUUUUGAUAAAGAAACCAUGAUGUGUAUUUUAAAUGAAUUUAAUUAUAAAGAUUUACACAUUAAAGAUAAAGAUAUUUUAAUUAUAUGUUUAAAUUUUAUUACUUUUGAACCGAAUGUUUUUUGUGAAGUAAUACUUAGCAUCCAAGAACUAGAAGAAUUAUGUAAACAAAAUUAUAAUAAGAUUUUUAUGACAAAUCUUAAAUAUUAUUGUGAAUUUCAUAAUUUGUAUGUUGAUUAUCUUUUUAAGGAACAGAAUGUUUAUAAGUCUCUUGCAGAAUUUGCAAUUGAGGAUUGUAUUGACAUUGAUUUAAUUCUUUUUCAUUUUAAUAAAGAUAAUAAUAUUAUUGAAAGAAUUAACAAUUUUUCUGUUUUAAAAGAGUUGUGCGAUAAAUUGGGAUACGAAUCGGUUUUAAAGAAUCGCAAUUUAGAAUUUAUUUUAAAAUUUUGUAAAUUUUUUAAUUUUAAUCUUAAUUUUUGUAGUUAUAUGCUUAAUAGAUUUGAAGUAGAAGAUAUUAUACCUGUUUUAAAAGAUAAUGCACAAUUUUUAAUACAUUUUUUGGAUAAACCAUAUUAUAAAAAGCUGAAAAUUAUUAUUAAUGAGUUUUGUGCUACAGAAUCUAAAUGCAAAUAUAUUAUAAACACAAUUUUAAAUGAUAUAAAAUUAAUUCAAAACAACUUAGAUUUAAUUUAUCUGUACAAACCAGAAUAUGAAUUUAUAAAUAACUUUAAAGAUCAAAUUCUUGAUAGUUGUUUUUCUAAUUUAGAUAUUAUGGAUUAUUUAAUUUCUUUUACUGAUUAUGACGAUAUAAGAAUUAUAAACAAGGUUAGUUUAGAUUUUAUUAAACAACAAAAAAAAUCUAUUCUUGUCCUAUUUAAGAAAUACGGAAAUGUAAUGAUUCCAUUUAUUGAUGAUUUUAUUAAGUUGUUUGAUUACACAUCUUUCAAAAAAGACUUAUCACUAAUAAAUAUAAGUCAUAAUAUACUUAUUAAAAGUAUAUGUAAACAUAAUAAAAUGACGGAUUAUGAUUACUUGUUAGUAUAUUUGUUAAAAACGUACAAAGAUAUUAACAUUGAAUUGUUUCCAGGCCCUGAAAAUCUUAGCCAUAAUUUGAUUUAUAAUAUAAUUAAGUAUAAAUUUGUUAAUGAGAUAAACUUUGAUUGCACAAAUUUACUAGAAUAUAUUUAUCUUAAUAACUUAAUUUUGUUUAUGAAACUAACAAAAUUCUUUACAAUUGAUUACAAAAAUAUUUAUUUCAAUAAAUUGCUUUAUGCAAAAAAAUACGAAAUGAUUAAUAAACAUUUUGUUCAUUUUAAUUUGGAUAGUGAAGAUAUUCUAUAUACAUUUUUAUCUGACUAUUUUAGUGGUGAAGAUAUUGCAAAUGAAUUUAGUAUUGUUAGUAAUAAUAGUAAAGACAUAAAAAAAUUAACUAAAUCUAUUUUGUUCUUUUUAGAUAGUAGCACAAUUAGAGCGCUUACUUUGAUUUCUAAAUGUCUUGAUAAUCAUAAGAAUUACGAAUCGUGUCAUAAAGAUAUUUACGAAUCAAUACUUUUAUUUUUAGACAGUAGAGACGAAGAAAUUCGAAGUUUAAGUCGAUUGAUAUAUGAUAAAUUAAUAAUUAAAUAA